UGCCUCUGACCCAACAAUGUCCUCACCACUGAAAAGGCCCCCACCUGAUUGCAGCUCCACCAGAGAGAAAAAUUCACCGCAAGCAGAGCACCUUCCAGACUGUUCCUGGGGUGUGGGGACAAAAGUCUCUGCUUGUCCACAUUACUGCAUCCGGAAAUAAAAAUGAUCUUAUGAAUAUGGGUAAACAAAUCCAACUGAGGCCUAAGGUGAAUGUCUCUUCUUACAUCCACUUUUUGCUGAAUUAUAGAAACAAGUUCAAAGAGCAACAGCCAAAUACCUAUCUCGACUUUAAAGAUUUCUCUAGAAAAUGUUCAGAAAAAUGGAGGUCCAUCUCAAAGCACGAAAAGGCCAAGUACGAAGCCCUGGCCAAGCUUGACAAAGCCCGAUACCAGGAAGAGAUGAUGAACUACACCGGCAAGAGGAAGAAACGGAGAAAGCGGGACCCCCAGGCACCCCGGCGGCCACCAUCAUCCUUCCUGCUCUUUUGCCAGGACCACUAUGCCCAGCUGAAGAGGGACAAUCCGAGCUGGUCCGUGGUGCAGGUGGCCAAAGCCUCAGGGAAGAUGUGGUCUACAACAACUGACACCGACAAGCGACCCUAUGAACAAAGAGCUGCUCUCCUGAGAACGAAGUAUCAAGAAGAUCUGGAAGACUACCGCAAGGAGCGGAAGGCCAGGAAGAUCCAGGGUCAACCAGGAACCAGCACACAGGGAAAAAUGUGUUGAUGAAUUAAGAAUAAAAUGUCAUUCAUCUG